AUGGCACCCCCAGUAAUACAUGGAGAACCGAAAAUUGUACAAGAUACUAAAACAAACACUGUCUCUUUAGAAGUGGUGGUAUCCGGUAUUUUACCCGAGAAGACAAAGUGGUUUUUGGGUGAGAAAGAAAUUGAGCCAACCGAAACAUACGUUUUUUCACAGCACGAUGAAGGUGGCAAGAGAACUUUGUUAAAAUGUGAAAUUAAGAAUUUCGAUAAGGAACUUGCGGGCUCAUACAAGACGAAAUUCUACAGCAGCGAUGGUGAAAAUAGUGCUACAUUUACUGUAAAAGCUGGAAAUGCACCAGAAUUUCAUGAUAAGCCUCAUAUAGUGCAACGUGAUGGUGGUAAUAUUAUUGUGAUUAAGGUUCGGGCGAAGUCGCAUCUGGAAAUGACAGCUAAAUGGUUUAAGGAUGAUAAGCCACUGCAAGCGACGGAUCGAAUAAAAAUGGUGGAGAAAAAAGAUGAUAAAGACAAGGAGGGCUUUCAAUUCUUAUUGGAAAUACACGGCCCAGUAAAGGAAGAUCAGGCCAAAUAUAAAUGUGUGGUGAAGAACAGUGAGGGCCAAAACGAACAGUCGUUGAACCUAUGCUUCGAUUGA